CAGUAUAAGGUCACCUCGCGUCCUACGAUAAGAUAAGGGGAAAAAAUUUAGACGUUUUAAACGCAUUUGUCACUCUAGUGUUAGGAAUUACUUUGAAUUAAAGAAGUUCUUGGCUGUAUUUUGAAACUAUACUGUAUUUCACAUUAUAUAUUGUUACACGCAUGUUUAUUUCAUUUUGAUUCUAGUUCUCUCUUUACCUAUUUACGUCAUUUCCUUGUUUGUUAGGUUCAUGCCCAAGCAACCAAUAAAGGGGGAAUAGAGCAGCCGAAAGCCCAAAUAAAGGGGAAGAGUAGAUUUCCCCCCCAUCACGUCUGUUUAGACUGUGGUAGAUAGACAACAUAUCCUAUGAAAGGGGGACAAGAGAAUUAGUUAGUUAUCGCUUAAAAUACAAAGUGCAAGAGCUGUUGAUUGGUUUGGUCUACCGCAGUCUAAACUGUGAUGUGAAUGUGGUCGUGCUAGACGGUUUCAACACUUGGUCACCAAGUGGUCGAUAUUUAAUCUGAGUAAACCUUAAUGCACCUAUGUUAGACUUGAAAAAUUUGAAGACUGCGUUAUCAGAAUAUUCUUUCGAACAGAAACUAGUUGAUACGAUUGUCACAUGUUCCUUAGUGCAACAUGUGUGAGAAACAACUAGGUACGACCCGGACUCCUAAUCAUUCUUACUAGAUCUCAUAUUGACCCAUUAUGAGGGUGACGUCACAAACCCCCAUUAUAUGCCGUCCCUAGGUAAAAGUCUUCGAUUUCCAUACAAUUGUCUGUGAAGAGAAUGUGCCAGACCAAACGUCUAGCAAGCGAAUAUAGAAGAUAUUAUACACUCAUUAUCCUCGGUAGAUUGGUCAAUAGAAUCAGAGUCCCCUAUGGGAACUGCUCGGAUGUAUCCAGAAAUUUACACAUAAAAGUCACUGCACAACUUAACCCUUGGACUACACCAAGGGGUUCAAAAACCUUCGCACUAUGGUUCAGUAAAGAGGUUCUCACCCUUCUCCGUAAAAUGAAGAGAUUGUGGGAGAUUCAGGUUACUGAGUACUAACGCGACAAAGUCUCAAUGUCGGGAAGCUAGAAAUAUUUGUGCCUCGACCCUCUGCAAAUCUAGAAGGUUGUACGACAAAAAACUUGUUAAGGAAUCUAUAGGAUACCCUAAACGCGUAUAUUCGUACAUAAACUAAGAGGAAAGGAAAUAUUCUAGCAUAAUGGAGAGACAGUAGUACUGCAUCAUUGGUGAAAGACGAUUAUGGUAAAGCUCAGGUAUUCUCAAACUACUUUAACAAUGCAUGUACCUUAGAGGUGCCCUCCUCUUCAAUUCAUACAACCCACACACACAAAAUGGACACUGGCUAUUAAAGAACUCAAUGUCUGUGGUCUGCUGAAUGAGCUUGAUAUAGGCAAAUCUAAGGGAGCCGAUAAAAUGCAUCCUAGGUUACCAAAGGGACUUGCAGAUUUUGUCGCGAAUCCCUUAAGCAUAUGUUUUAAUAUGUCUGUAAUCCAGGGUCUAUGACCAAAAGACUGAAUAAUGGUAUAGUAAGUCCCAUCCUCAAGACAGGUAUUAGACCUAAACCUGAGACAUCGAUCCGUAAGCUUAAACAGCGUGGCUGUUAAAAUUUUAGGAAAAUAUUCUGAUGUUGUUUAAGUAUCUCGACGAAAACUGGAUUCUUUCUGAGAAGCAGCAUAGCUUUAGAACAGCCUGUUAAAGUUAAUACGCUCUUAAAGAUCAAAAUCUACCUAUAGAUGUAGCAUACAUUGAUUUUUGACAAAGUUUCUCACAACCGGCUGUUAUACAAGUUAAGUAAUAUCGGGAUCGGAGGCAACUUAUCAAUAUGGAUGAAGGAAUUUCUGGUCAAGCGUCAACAGUACGGAUGAACUCGAAGUUGUCUAGCUGGGAAACUAUGUUUGGCAGAGUGCUUCAGGGUACAUUUUUGUGGCCAGUGUUGUUUUUCCUGUAAAUAAAUGACCUUCCUAAUCUCUUAUAAUCAUUGGCUUUGUUAUACGCUGAUAGUGUCAAAAUAUGGAGGACGAUAAAAAGUAGAGCUGAUAGCUUGGAGCUUCAAAAUGACCUGGAAAAAUUAUCUGAAUGGUUUAUGAUCUGGCAGUUACUAAUAAAUGCUUACAAGUGCAUUAUGAUGGAUAUUGGUCACUAAGAUACAGAUACAUACACGGUGAAUAACAGUGAGCUACCUGUUCAAACAUAAUAACUUCGGCGUCAUUGUUAGUCAAGACUUGAAAACUACCGCACACUACUGUGCGAUAGCCGCUAAAGGUUUUAGAACUCCAUGGUCUUAACGUAAGGCCUUUUAGCCGUGUCGAUGCUAAAAUCUUUGUAUAUAGUAUUCGUUCGUCCUAAACUGGGGUGCUGCAUACAAGCGGCUUGCCCCUGCCUAAAAAGAGAGUGGGCUGUUGAAAAGGGUUCAAUAAACCACAACUAAGCUGAUCCUCGAAAUAGCAAAAUUUCGGUGUGAUGCUCGACUUACUAAACUAAAUCUAUUUUCAUUGUCAUUUAAAAGAACCAGAGGCGACUUGAUCACAGUUUUUAAAUUAAUUAGUGGUAAAUUUGCAUUUGAUAUGCCCUCACUUUUCUUGUCUUCCAAAACAAGGUUUACAAGGACACUAAAAGAGUUCACAAUUUUAGAACAAAUUACUUGUCAGCUGACUAUCGACUUUCUCAUAGAAUCAUCAACAGAUGGAAUUAAUUAGCUCCAUCUGUUAGCGCUUUGAACAGGAAGCUGGGUCAACUGAAAGACCACCAUUGUCAGGACUAAUACAGGACACCUAGCUUCUUGUCGUUUUAAAACUGAAUUUAAAUUCUUCAUAUCAAUGAUAUUACCUGACGAUGUACUUUUUUUUGCUCUAGAUGAGAAUUUUAAUGAACUAUUCUGUAGAACAAUCUAUGGCAGUUCAAAGUACCAAUAAUAUCCGUCUCAAACUAAAGCAAUGUAAUGUCUUAUUACAUCCAAUGUCAUAACAUGUUACCACGGCUCAAUCUGUUUUUAGAAUCAACUAGAAACUUUGCGUUGAUUGAUUGGCUAUACAAGAUGUUAAUUUUAUAAUCCUGUUUGCACAGUAUAUAACCAACUUCGUUUUAGUAAAGAGGUUGUGACUUUUUUUUGAAUUCGAGCAAGUUUUAUUGAUAUAUUUUAUUGAGGACUGCAUAAGUGUUUGCUAGUUUCUGUUAGUAGUACACUAAGUGGUACAGUAAAGAAUUAUUUUUUAGGGUCAUUAUUAUUAUCCUUAAAAUAUUCUCUUACAAUUUAGUCCAUUUUUAUUUUGAACAGCUUUUUGGUUGAACAUCAUUGAUUAUUGUUGAAUCAGUCUUUCAAACCCUGCUCUAUGAAGAAUCCGAUUUUUUUGACCAUAACAUACCAACUUGUGGUUGCUAUUUGGCCAGUACUAACGUUUACAGAGAAUAAUAGCGACAACAGCAUCAAUAAUAACUGCGGGAAAAAUUUUCAAUUCAAACCAAACAGAAUCAUCUUAACUCAAAAGUCCAUUUCAGCUGGUGCUAAAUUUCUCAAAAAGUUAAAAGUAUCAUCGUUUAAAGAAUGUUACUUUAUGUGUUGCAAUACAAAUGAAUGUAGCACAGCAAUAUUUGAAUCUAAGGCUACACAGUCCUGUUUUAUGUUCGAUUGUCGACAGCCUGGACAAUGCUUUUAUUCUAGUCAUUCCAAUUAUGAUACAAUAGUCUUGGAAGAAUCAAACGGUAAUCAGAGUUUGAAAAAUAAAGUUGGUCUAAAUCAACAUUGUGAUUCAAAUAACGUGUGUGAUGAAGUUAAAACUAUAUGCUCUGAUGGGAUAUGUAUUUGCCAAUCUGGUUGGAUUGCAAAGAAAGGUUCAUGUGUUCAGUCAGUUUGUAAAUCACCAGACCUUCAAUUCCAGUGUGAUGAUUCUUCUACUUGUGUAGCUAUCUAUGAUAAAUGUAACGGAAUAGUUGAAUGCCCAGAUGGAUCGGAUGAGUUGUUUUGUCCUUCAAGAGUAAUUCACAAGCAAAACGAAACCAAUCCGUCAUUACCGCGUAAUCAAAAACAAGGUGAAUUCGAUGGGAGAAUUUUGUCUAAACCUUCAAAUGCAAGUUAUCAGCCUUUGGAAAGAUAUCAGUCCAGUCAACCAUCUUUUUUAACUACAUCUCGAAGUACUUCUCCAGCGUUGAUAGACUUACACGAUCUAUCUGAUCCAUUAUUUUAUACUAGUCCACCAAAUUAUCAUAAUGAUAGGGAACAACAGACAAAAUCACAUCCAAUUAAAUCUGCUAACCAAAAACCAUUAUUCAAUGUUGAUGAUAAAGAACCUUUUAUGCUUGAUAUAAAUAAUAAAAUUAGUGAAAAUAAUGAUAACAAUGCUGAGAUGUUUUUUACUUCAAGUGAUGAUGAUGGAUGGCAUUAUCCUAAGGGACUAUAUCAUGAUGUUUCAUCACAGGGUGGUAGUGAUAUCCUUUCACAAUCACUACCUAGAAAGCAUCUAUAUCGACCAGAUCAUCAUCAUCAUUCGAUACUAUCACGAAUGAAACCAUAUGAAACAGAAGGACUGUACAGGCCCAGAUCAUUCAAUGCUUUUAAAGUUGAUUAUCCUCCGUUAUCACAAAGAAAUGAAUUAUCGUUCAUUCCCUAUCAACAUUCCAAUACUUUUAUGCAUGGAUCACAUCAAGAUGAACCGUCAUUUUUUCAAUAUAAUCGGGAUCGUAAACACCAAUCUGAGAUGAUAAUUGAUCCAACUGUACUGGAAAAUAUGGACUUUAUCAAUAAACUUAGUGAAACAGGCGAUACUUUAAAAAAGUAUCCGUUAGUUCAUGAGCCCAAAUACAUUCACCAUAGGAAUGAAUUUGAAGACAUUAGUCAAAAGGGAUCUAGUAUAGAUAAAAGUGAAAAUCGACAGGCGACCCCCAUUAGUACUAGUAGUCCCAUUACAACAACUGAUUCAUCACAAAGUAUAAUAGCCGCUGUUAAGGAAAGUCAAUCUGAAGGUCAUACUUCUGCUUUAUUAUUAGCAUUUAGUCUUGGUUUAAUUUGUUGUUUCAUUGGGCUACUUAUUGCUGAAUGGAGACGUCGGCAAAAAUUGCAUUUAUGGUCCUCGCAUCGUUCAAGACCAGAGCAAGCAAUUGUCUUUGGUGAUCGAACAAAAAUAUCCAUGCCAAGAUUAAAACCAUCUCGUCGAUUAAAGAAAAAUACAACUUAUGAUCAAGUGAAUAAAACUAUAACAGGUACAAUAGACGAAGAGAAAGCUUUAUUCAGUGAUUUAGUCCUUUAAAUCAUUAUUGAUCUUAAAAAAUAUAUUAUGAUACAUUGCAUUUGUAUUCGACUUCAGUUUUGAGUCUUUUUUAAAAAUUCUCAUCAUUGUCUAAUAUUUUAUUGAACUCUGUACUCAUUUAAACAAACAAUACGACCGAUUGGUUUUAUUCGCGAAUUGUUUACUCCAUUCAAGUCCGUCUUGCAUUUGUUUUAAUUUGAUGGUAUUACUUUUUAAUUCAUUUUCCGUGCAAUAUACAUUCCUACCGGACAAUUUCGAUGUUGUGAUAAUCACCUGUUUUUUUGAUAUAUUUUUACGUUUAUUUGCAUUGGUUAAUCUCUUUAUUAUCUAGUUUUAUUACUAUUAAUAUCAAUAGUAAUUAACUUGUCAAUUCAUUCAGUGUUUAGGUAUUGUGAGAUGCAACGUGAAUUUCUUUUAAUGAGUUUUGAUUAUGGUAAAACAUAUUCUUUGUCUUGGUAUUAUUUCUAUUAUUCAUCUUGUACUAAUUCAGUAAGGCACAUUGGGGGAGAUAAACAUUUGUGCCAAGCCCUACGUUGAUUGUGACUGAUCCUGUAAUCUCGGUGUAGAACACAGAUAACACAAUUAUGUGAAG